ACUAAUAGUUUCAGGACUUCAGUCAGGUUGAUUUGAUUUGAUCUCAUAAUUCGUGUGUGACUUUUACGUUUAUUUUUUUAGUUUCUGUGCGAAAUUUUAAAAUGUAUGCUGUCUCAAAGGGACCCAAUAAAAUUUUCGCCAAAACCCGAAGAGGCCUCUCACAAAAUUUAGAAAGACUAGACAGUCGAAAGGAUAAUAAUAGAAAGUCAUCAGAGUCCGACAAUGGCGAAAUUAUUAACAUGCCUAAACCAGUAUUCCAUUCCAACGGCAAAAAAACUGUUCAUCAAAGAAUACAGCAUCAUGUGAUAACACCACAACACGAAGAAAUUAUUAGAUAUAUAAGUGAAACUUGGACACAGACAGCUUAUGGUGAUAGCGAACCCACAACUCCUACUAGUAAUGGAUCAGGAAGCUCAUCACCGUCACCACCUUCGAAUCUUUACUAUCAUGAUGACACACCGAGCCCUGUACUCCGUGACUUCCAACCCUUUGACCUCGAAACGUGGUGGGGCAAAAGAUUGUUCCAGAACAUCACUAACUCUCUGUGAGUCCCACACAAAGGCCAAAGAACGGGAACGCCAGAGUUUACGGUAGCGUAAGUCACAAUCAUCUGAAGUUUACUAGAUUUUAUACUCUUUUUAUCGCCUUUAUAUAUAUGAAAUUAAUAUGAAUUUAUUAGAAAUUUUUAUACUUAAAUGUACUAUUGAUGUCACAUUUCUAUUGAUUUAAAUUUUAAAAAGUGUAGAUAAAGAUAUGCUAAGUACAUCACAAGACCUCAGUGGAGGAAUCCAUAUAAAUCAGGUUAAUAGUAAAGCUCAUUACACACACAAAUCACAUUACAAUUCACAUCAAAUCAUUUGAUAAAAAAAAAUAUAAUAAUAUGGCGAAGGGGAAGUAUAUUUUUCUCUUUUAAACGAAUUAAAUUGUAAUGGUUAAUAUAUGAAUUUCUCAUUAUAUUGUCAUGUUAGAUAACAUUUUGUGAUUUAUUUAUAUAUGUAAUUAGUACUUUUACACACAUUCCUGUUAUCGGGCAUCCAGUGCUGCGUACCAGACAACUGAAACAUGUAAAAAUACCUUGCAGUUUAUGGUUUUGUUUUUUUUUUCUUUACAAACAAAAAUUUAAACAAAUUAAAAUACAUGUGAGAAAAUUCUUAUAACCAAAACUCAAAGUUUACUCGAAGGUCUUGAGAGAUUGAUAAAACCCGACUAAAUAGAUUGGAUUUUAGGAAGUUUUGUGUUUUUUUAUUACACAUAUUACUAUUUUUAUUAAUACUAAUAAAUAUUGACGUUGACGAUGAAUUCAUGCGGUGAUAUAACUGAUUAAUAGCUUCCAUACUAGAAGAAUAACGCAAAAUUUUUUUCUUUGAAGUGCUCCUAAAUAAUAUUUUUUGUUGUUUCGAAAUUUUGAUAUAAUGAUGUAGUAAUUCGUAUAUUGCUAUCACUCUUAUUUUUAUAUUUAUAAUAUAAGCAAGAAUGCCUAUAUUAUAUUAUAAUUACAUAAAAAAUCACAUGUCAUCUAUUCAUACAUCCUAAACUGUAAAACCACCCAACCGGUGCACUGAGAUCACUAUAAAAUAUGACAUAAACAAUUCCAUUGAGUAAACAAACUUGAAUUUUUGUUAAUUGUAGUAAAAGGCAUUCAAUUUUAAUGAUUGACCCGAUAUUAAUUUAUAACAGAAAAACAGAAACCCCUUCGUAAUUCAAUUACAUAUUAUUUUAUUUAAAUAUAUUUUUUCACUUUUCCAUAUAUGUUAUAUGCUAUAUGGAAAUAUUGGUUAUGUUUCAAACAUUAUAAUAAAAUUUUAUAUGGUGAUAAAUAUCUUAUCAUAAUAGUAAUUAUUAUUUCCUAAAAAAAUAGUAGAUGAUCCUUACAUUGUGUCAGGUUGAUACAUCUGUUACGGCUAACCUUUGUAAAUUGUGAAUGCUUCCAUCAUGCCAUGAUAGAUUAUUUUACUAGUACAUCACAAACAAUACAUCACAUAGUUUUUAAAUUAAAUAAAGUACAUUUACUAUUGAAAUUAAUGAAGUUAAUGAUGUAAAAAAUAUUAGUAACCUGCAGUUGAUUGUGGAUCUCAGUAGGUAUGUCAUAAGUGAAUUUUCCAAACGCUCAAGUUCCGUUAUGCAUAAAAAUAUUACUGCAAACCAAUAUUCUUUAAGAUUGUUGUGUUUAUAAAUGUUUUAUGUAGUUUUUGUUGAUUUUUUGAAUAUAUUACUUCAAUGGAAAGAAACCAAAGAAUACCAAACAUCAUACAGAUUGAUUAAAAGCCAUUAGAUUAAGAGCAAUAUGUAUGUUAUUUAAAUUUUAAAUUAAUUCUUACAAUUGUCAUUUUCGCACAUUGUCGAACUGUUAGAUAUCAAAUAUUAUUUUACAAUACAAGUAUUAUAAUGGUUUAAAGCAUAUGUAUAUAUAAAAUUUGUCCAUAGCAAGUCAGAUAAUAAAUAUAUGCACUUGUUUGUAUAUACAGCACAAUAAUGUCCAAGUGCCUAACGCAACCACACAGCAAUAGUAGCGACAAUGUAGAAAUCAAUAUUAAUCAAAUUAUAUUGCUCGUCAAUCAACAAUUGAACACGAGUAGAAAUAUUUGUAGUUUCACGAGUUUUCGAUGAAGGUUGCUAAUAUAAUUUCUAAUGUGCCUAAAAUAAGUUAGUGAAUUUCUAAUUUGCCUAAAAUAUCUGAACGAAUUGCUCGUUCGAAUUUAACUUCGUACGCCGCUUUCCGUAGCGAAUGUGUGAGAUACGCGGACUGUAAGACAUGGUGCCGAGAUUGGAAUGUAUGGUAGAGAAAUUUGAUUGUCACCCCGUGAGCGUGCUCGCACAAAUUUGAUUUGCAGUAACAGUGAACACAGAGUAGAUCUAGUCUAUAUUGCUUACCAUGAACUUAUAAUUAUUUUGUCUGAUAUAGUUUACAUUGAAUAAAGUCAUAAUAUUUUAAAAUUUGUCAAUGCAAUCUGAAAAUAAUUUACUUCAUUGUCAUAAUGAUAUCUCCACUGAAAAGAAACUAAAAAUGUCAUUUUGUGAAAACUAAACAAUAUUCAGAAAUAGAUGAACAAUGAAAAAUUAAAUUAUUAUUUAUUAUUAUUGCCAAUUAUUUUCAUUCAGUUUUUUUUUUUUCGAAUAUUAAACUUUGUUCCAUACUUUGAUUAUUGUACUAAAACCAUUGAUUGUUAUUGAACCAGUAUUCAAGUUAAUGUGCAUGAUAGCUUUUACAACUAAUGUAAUUGUUGAUUGUUGUUAAUGUAAUAUAAUGUUAUACCGUCUUUUGAUUUUAUUCGUUUUUAUAUAAUAGCUUCGCGCUUGAAGCUAAGUGAUGUCUUCCAGAAAAUUUUACAUCAACUUUUAAUCAUGUCAUCUCAAAUCUUUGGAAUAUUGGUUAUGUUUCUUUUUACAUGAGAAAAUUAUUGUAUAUUUUUCUGUUUAUAUUUUACUGGCAAUUACUGAACGCCGCGUAUUUUUUGUUUGUACACUUAUAACAUCAUUUUAAUAAGAAAAUAAAGGUCAUUACAAAAUAUAAUUAAAAGUACAUUCAAUUCGAUGCAUUAAAAUAAAAAAAAAAGAAAUAUAAGUGUACAAAAUCCUAUACAAGGCGCAACAAAGUAAUUUAGUUUAAUGCACGAAAUGUAAGUAGUAUAGUUUUUAUCCUUUUUAGAUGGAAUAUUAAUCCACAGGUAGCUAUAUUCCAGGAGAAUAUUUUUAGACUGAUUUAGUUAUAAAAAGUUAUGCUUUUUGUUGUAGUUGAAUAAAUCAUCUGAUAAAGUU